AUGGAAAUAAUACGAAUGCCCGUCGAGCUGUUGAUUGAGAUCUUCAUGAAGUGCGACAUCAAAAAGGAUUGGAAAGUCCUCAGGCUAGCUCCAAACAUGCUACGUUCGCUCCAUGUCUGCAUGCCCAACUAUCCAUAUGACAGAGUCGGAAAAGAGGCCCGUGUGGCAAAGAGCAAGCUUUUGUGGGCACUAAGAAGUUGUCCAGGUUUACACAGCCUUACUACGUAUGAUCCCAAUGUUUACAGGAAUAAUCGCGGCCUUGGAGCAUCGGAACCAUGGCAUGAUUUGAAGCCUGAGUUUCUUCUACCUCAACUCGCGGAACUUACGAUCGCAGACAGAACUUUUGAGGUAGACGAUCUGUUGAAGUGGGGAGCAAAAGGAGGUUGGACAAAGUUGAUUAAGAUCACACUCUGGGAUGACCGCCUCCUGUACGGUUUCCAAGGCUGCGAGCAAUCCUUGCGAUCAAUCAGUCUCCUCCACACGAAAGCAGGAAAUGAGAAUGCUCUCGUAUCAAUAUGCUCGCGAACCAUCAGACUCACGGAAUUGAAGAUAAAGACCGAAGAGUCUCGACUUCCAUUCUCAGCCUUAAUGAUCUGCGGACCUUCGUUGGAAACGCUUGCGAUCCAUCCCCACCGAGACGCUUUAGACAAUUGGAUAAAUAUGCAAGAUGAUCAUCUUUCCGCUCUCAGCCAGAUCCCACAAUUAGCAGAAAUAACACUACAUACUCAGAAACCCCAAGGUUAUGAAAAACACAAGUCUUCCCUAGCAGCGGUCGAACAUGCGUUUCGUCAUGUGAUCGAACAUGGUGGUAAUGAGCAGAAUCUCAGAUCCCUCAUACUUUAUGACGGCCCGCAAACUUCGGAUUGGGACAAUCCAUGGGGCUUAGUGGAGCGCUCAAGCCGAGCUUUCAAAGCGACAAGGGGUACACAUGGAGGAAACAUGGAUCAGAACAUUUGUGCGAAGCAUAUACAGGGCCCUUCAGAAACCGAUCACGAACGAUAUCAUCGCCAGCAAGAACGCGUGGAAGCCGAGAAAAAGACCAGAGACUAUUUGGACGCCAUGCCACCAGCAGUCCUCUCCCAGAUGAUCGACAACAAUAGACGCCAGAUACGAGGCACGACUUCCGACAUCCAAGAGCAAAUGUACGAGAUCCAAACAGGUGGCUGGAAUCCUGAGCUCGCGGAGUAUGAAGAGCGGUGGAAGAAUUCCAGCGGGAUUUUGCCCAUGCUGGAAUGGCAGUUGCAAACGCGCAAAAAGCAAGGAUGGAAGUUGUGGGAUAUGCCACUCAUGAGAUCGGAUGCUGGGAGCGAAGGUUUUCUGUACGACAGGAUGAUGGAGGCUAGUGCAGAAUCUUAG